AUGAUUGCAUCGGAGAAAAGACACAAUACUAAUCUCCUGGAUGCCUCGUUUUCCUCCUACGCCACCCAAGAACGCUUCAUUAUUAAACUCAGUCACCCUCAGAUCAACACAAAAAAGAAGGUACAAGACGAUGAACUUGGGAUUUUUGGAGCCGAGAAGUACUUCACAGGAGCAAUAGAUGAAGAACUUAACAAGACUGCUCAUUAUCGAGGUUCAAACAGGCCACAAGAGAAACAUGAAGAACCGUGCCCUAAACCUAAACUGACAACUCCCCCGUCUGGGACUCCGAGCGUUCGUUCUGAAUCGAGUUGGAACAGCCGGAGAGGGUUACUGGCUAGUAAUGGCAACGAACAUAAAAAGAAAACCGGGGUCAAGAGCUUGUUUGCUAGUCUUGGUUGCAAUUGCAAUGACAAUGCUUCCGUCAAGGUCACCAACAACAAAGUUCGCGUUAAUGAAGCCGUGAAACCGCCCGUCAAAACUGGUGAUUUGGGUCACAAAACAAAGUCGCUGUCGAACAGAUGGGCUGACGAUGAUGUUCCCAUGAAGAAGUUUGAGUUCGAUGAGUUGAAUCUCAAAAGAGAUGACUGCUUCACCUUCCCGGUGUUGAAUUCUUCAAUGGCAGAUGGGAAACAUUCGGAGCCACCAGAACUUGAGCUACACUAUUCAUCGGAGGUAUUCGGUUCUCCAGGGAAGAAGUCUUUUAGCCUGGAGAGGAAACUAACAAUGUUGAACUGGGACGGAGUGACUCCACGAGCGGACAUUAUAGACAUUUCAAGGAACGGUGGACACAAUGACACAGGAAGCGAUGCGAGCUCAGACUUAUUCGAAAUCGAGAGCUUCUCCACUAACGAGAACAACUCGUUUCUUUCUCGCCAAGCAUUAGAGAAUUCUGAAGGAAGGCCAAGCAAUGUCAACGGGUAUGCACCGAGCGAGGCAAGUGUUGAUUGGAGUGUCGUUACGGCCUGUGCUGCUGAUUUCUCAACUGCUGACGAUUUCGCAGUCGCUCGAACUGUUAAAGCAAAAGGAGAUACGGAGAGAGUCAAAGGUUCCGGUAUUCUUUCAGGGUGUCAUAGUCACAAGGCAGUGCGAGUUUCCGGUGAUGAAUAUUGUAUGACAGGUGGCGGCGAUAAGGUGGCAGGCAUAGCGGCCCCCUCCAGGAGGGAAUGGUGCCGCCGCUUGGAUUCUGUCACACCAAUAGCUAAAAUCCACGCAGACACCAAGCUAGUAGGUGUGGGGUCUGAUUCAAACAGAGGCCAAAAUGGAUUUGGCACUACACGUUCUGUUCCCAGGAUGCAUGCUUCAAAAUACUUGUAUAGUAUUCCACAGCAGUAG